CGCCACUUGGUAUCUUUGGGACGUUAGCUGCGUACAUACGCACUAUUAACGUGUAGAUUUCCAUGUCUCCCUCAAGUAAUUACUUAUUAAAUGCGAAACUCGAGUCAUAAACAGGGACUAUGAGGCGUGCUCACAUUUCACCAAACGACACGACAGCCAUUUUAAGAUGUUGCUUUCCACAGUAUUUUUGUGACAGUAUCUCGCUAGCAAUGUAGUGAAUGCAGGUAGAUUAGCACACUGUUAGCCGACUCUACUGCGAGGCCCCGGACGGACGACACUGAAGGACAACAAUGAGACUUUUAAGGUUUUUGCGGAGCAGUGUGUCCAUAGGGAAGGACAUUGACUAUUAUUCCAAAUUCUCACCCUCCCCUUUGUCUAUGAAGCAGUUUCUGGAUUUUGGUUCCGAAAAUGCUUGUGAGAAAACGUCCUUCACCUUCCUCAGGCAUGAGUUACCUGUGAGGCUGGCAAAUAUCAUGAAGGAGAUCAACUUGUUGCCAGAUAACUUGCUAAGAACACCAUCUGUGCGUCUGGUUCAGAGCUGGUAUGUUCAAAGUCUCCAGGAGAUCCUCGAGUUUAAAGAGAAAAAUGCAGAAGAUGACAAAGUCACAUAUGAUUUCACAGAUGCGGUGAUUAAGAUCCGGAAUCGUCACAACGACGUCAUCCCGACCAUGGCUCAGGGUCUCGUGGAGUACAAAGACACGUACGGUACCGACCCAGUGGUUAGCCAGAACGUGCAGUAUUUUCUGGACCGGUUCUACAUGAGCAGGAUUUCAAUUCGCAUGCUGCUCAACCAGCAUACGCUCCUUUUUGGUGGCAAAGUGAAGGUCAAUCCAGCACACCCCAAACAAAUUGGCAGCAUUGAUCCACACUGUCGAGUGAGUGAGGUUAUAAAAGAUGCCUAUGAAAAUGCAAGAAACCUAUGUGACAGAUAUUACAUGAACUCUCCUGAGCUCACACUAGAGGAAUACAAUGUCAAAGAUCAGGGGAAACCCAUCUCGAUGGUCUACGUUCCAUCCCACUUGUACCACAUGGUGUUUGAACUGUUCAAGAAUGCCAUGCGUGCCACCAUGGAGCUGUAUGGAGACUCCAUGGAUCAUCCUCCGGUUCGCGUUCAGGUUGGUCUGGGAACUGAAGAUCUGACAGUCAAGGUGAGCGAUCGCGGAGGAGGCGUUCCCCUGCGUAAGAUCGACAGGCUCUUCACGUACACGUACUCCACGGCUCCGCCACCGAGCAUCGACGGGUCCCGUGCUGCUCCUCUGGCCGGUUAUGGAUACGGCUUACCCAUCACUCGACUUUAUGCCCGCUACUUCCAAGGAGACCUCAAGCUGUACUCUCUCGAGGGCUAUGGGACUGACGCGGUCGUUUACAUCCGGGCGCUGUCCACAGAGUCCAUCGAGAGGCUGCCGGUGUACAACAAGUCGGCGUGGAAACACUACAAAACGAUACACGAGGCCGAUGACUGGUGCAUUCCCAGUCGGGAGCCUAAGGACAUGACUACCUUUCGGCGGUUCUAGAAGAGAGCUGAGUGCUAUCCUUAGCCAAGUGUCUUGAUAUAAAGUGCGCCCCCCCCCCCCCGUAAUAAUCAAGGUUAUCAAAAUAAUUCCCAAAUGGUUUUAAAGCUGUUUAAGUAUUUAUUUGAUAUCAAGGAUACGUAUCCCUGAUAACAGAAUGAGCGCACAAACCUAAAUCUGGAGAUCAAGGAUAUCGAACAUAUGCUCGAACUGGUUUUCCUAAGUUUGUGUCUUAUGUGCAAUUUCAGAUUUUAUUUUUACAGUCAGAAUCAUGUCAUUUCAGAGAACCUUUUUUUUUACGUUUUUGAUUAUUUUAAUUUGUUCAUUUUAAUUGACUAUAACCUUUUUUUUUUAUUUCAUUGUUACAUUUUAGGUAACAGAUCUCUGACAUGUUACGGUGGUUGGUUAUGUUAAAAACUAGAAUCUAUGCAGGGUUCAAAGAUUUUCUGUUAUGUUCAACACUAAAUGUGUCAUUGAGUUACCAAUGUCUCCCCCUUUCCAUGUUUUCGCUGUUACAAAAAGUUGGUACGACAUGUUUUUAAUCAACAUUGUGGUUUUAGACGUCCACUUGGUUUUGCUGCUUUUGCUUUAUACUUUUUUUUCAAAGCAAUGUGUUUCAACUCCAGAGUUUCCAUGUGUCCUCUCUUUGAAGCUGGCAACAAAACCUUAAAAGCUGGUGUAAACAAAUAGGAUACAUGCAUUUACUUUUAAAUGUUACAAGUAAUAAAGUGCAGUUUUUUCCCCCA